CACAAACAAACCCAGGCAAAGUGACAAGUGGCAGCAAUACAAGAGCUGAAUAAAGACGUGAUUAGAUUGGCAAAAUUAUUUCAAAAGGGGAGCAAAAAAGAGAAGAACAUCUCUCAGAGGUGGCAAACGCCAGUCAAAAUACGGUUGGGAGAAUGCCUCGUGCAAAGUCUGGUGCGGAGGGAGUGGCUGUGGCACAAGAGACCGGCCCCCAGUGUGAGGAGACCCAGCUGCAGGAGCUCAGUCACCACUUUAGUGACCUGAUGAGAGAUGUGCAGUCUCUGAGAGAUCAGCUGGCAGAGUUUGGCCCCUGUCUUUUGCUAACUCAAAUCCGGAGAUUAGAGGAGAAGAUUCUCGCCACCCAGAACAUGUCCGUUGCACAGAUCCAGUCUCUCCUUGGGAAGCUGCAGGUGCAAGACGUGGGAGCAGUGGAGAAGAGUGAUGAAGUGGCUCUUGACUUCAAGCAGAGAGUGAAAGAGCUGAACAGCCUCCUCUUCGCGAAGGAAUUAGACAUGAGGACUCUGCAGCUGCUGCUGGCUCAGAAGGACAAGGAGAUUGAGAUCAGGAAUGCUUUGACUCACCCUUCAAGGACAGAGGUGGACAGAGAGGAAUGUCUCUUGCUUCUGCAAGAGGCACAAGAGAGGUAUGAAGAAGAACAUUAUCGACGACUACAGCUGGAAGAAGACCUGCAGCACCUCAGACUCAUACUAGAGGAGCAGAAAAGUCUUUCUCAGCCCUCUGUGCCCUCGCACCUGGCGAAGGACGAACAGAUGCACGGGAAUCGGGCAGCGGGAGAGGAGUACAGACCGCUCGAGAAGGCGGAAGAGUUGAGGAGCGAGGCCGCCGCACUGGAAUCAACGCUGGCCAGCGAGGAGGCCAGCAACAGAGAACUCAUUGAGAGCCUGGGGCAACAGCGACUGAGGGACCAGUGGAGAAUCCGAGCUCUGGAGGCCAGACUGCAGCAGGAAAUGCAGGACCUGCUCCUAGCAAAAGAGAAACAUCGCAGUGAUUCUCUGGAAGGGGAAAGCCCUCUGAAGACUGUGCAGGAUGAGGGUGAAGACCUAAACCCUGCAGAGGAUCAUAACUGGACAGUGGGAGGAGAGCCCCUGGACGGACUCUCUCCUGCAGCAGGCCACAGCCUCUCCUCAAGCAAGGUUAAAGCCCUGAGGUCUGUCACCUCUGUCCCACCUGGGAGACCUGCCACUGCUACUGGAGCGCACAGCAGCAGGCUGCGCAGAGAAACAGGCGAAUUUAGUGAGUCCCUGAAUCCCAGGCGUCCUGUGUCAGUUCCUCCUUUCCUAGAUGGACACAGUGCCCUGCUUGGGCAAGGCAGGGAUUAUUUUAGCUGUCUGUUUAAGAAGGAAGCAGCGCCCUCUGGUGCAUCUGUUGAGGAAAACAGACGGUCCUCAGCGCAGGAGAGCAGUAUUGGAAAUUCCAGCGCUACAGGGUAUAUCCAAAUAGCAGAGGUCCACCCGAAUGGCCUGUAUGUCCGACUGGUGAAUUCCUCCCAAAAGCAGGAGGAAGAUAUAGGGGGAUUCCUACUGCAGCAGAAUGUUGGUGGCCACCCUGUGACAGUGUUUAGGUUCCCACACCGGACAAGGUUGAAGGCAGCUGCUUCUGUCACGGUCUGGGCAGCAGCCUCCAAAGUCUCCCAUAAACCUCCAGAGGACUUCCUAUGGAAGGAACAGCACAGAUUUGGUACUGGCCCUGAAUGUACGACUAUCCUGUGUAAGCCGAAUGGGCAGGCAGUGGCCUGGUACACGCCAGUCCGCUGGAGUGCCAAGUCGCCACAUGCGUGGCAGGACAGGGGAUUUGACAGUGAAGGCCAGUCCAGAAGCCCCUUGGCAGUGCGCUGUGAGCAGGAGAACCCCAGCGAGGACCGGCUGGAGAAGGAGGAACAGGGGAGGCCAUCACAAGACCUCAGAGCUGAGAGAGCUGAAAGCCAAGGGCCCUACUCUAACAAGAGAGAAGAAGAGCCCCACUCUCUCCUGAAAAGGACGAAGGAGGCUGCGAUGAGCCUUCCUCCCACUCGCAGCCCCUGGACUCAGAGCCCCAGUUCCUCCACACACCCGGACUGGACCGAGGUGGUGCGGCCGGGCAGCAGGGGCCAGAACCGUCGCCUCUGCAGGCCAGCCUGGUCUCAGUCAGCUACAGGGAGUUGGGCUGACUGGAGCUCCAGCUCCAGAAGAGGACCCGGCUCUAGUGUUCUGUUGGACAGGGGAAGCAGAGGUCCUACUCGCUCAGCAGGGCCGUCUCUAGGUGGAGUAAUGUAUGUGGGUCAGCCUAGCCCCUUUGGGUCAGCCCUGCAGAGGUAUUCCGCCAACCCAGUGUACAACAUCCCACCACUCAGAGCAGCGCACAGCAGCCACAACAAAAUCAGAGGACAGUGAUAAGAGGCUGGACUACAAGAUCCAUCCAGAGAAGGAGAGAGAGGAGCUGCAUCAACUGCAUAGCUUAGUGUUUACAAGAGAACGUCUUGUUGAGGGUUGUUUUUAAGGAACUGGCAUGUGAACUGAUUUUGAGCACUUGGUCUUGAAUAAGCUGACGUAUGUUAGCAUUCUUGCAUGCUUAUGUUAAACACUGCGAUUGGAGUAAUCACCCAUGGAGGUAAGUCAGCUUUUACCAUUGCUCCUUCCAGACCCAGAUUAAGUGCCUCAAGUCUGGAGGGCUGAAAAAUAAGUCUACCUAUACUGAGAUCACCACUGUCACCUUCCAGGUAAAAUGCACUCAACGGACUGUUGACAUUAAUCGCUUAAAGAACAGAGCAUCUGUAAAUGGUUGUCAAUUUUAGGAAAUGGUUUUUGAUCCCACGUGUUUUACAUGGCAGAGGAAAAUGGAUGAAGUGCAAAUUCACUGUAAUGCCUGCGAGAUAUAUCUGCUCUCUUUAAGAAUGUAAUCUUUCGCCUUCUGCAACAGAUAACAGCUUGGCAACACUAUGCUGGGUCAGAAGUGUCAUUGCUCCCACUUUCUUUGUAAGUUUUCAGCAAUAUCCAUACAGUGUAGUGAAAACCGUUUAUUAUCAAUAUAUAUAUUAUCAAUAUUAAAAAUAAACAGAGUUUAACGACAGGAAAUUGAUUUCAGUUGUCAGAUCAGGUAUACGCAUACCUUAGCUUUGUGCAACAACCUGAAACUUUCAGGUACCACAAAUAAUAUUAUUGUUGGGUCUGUAUUUGACUGUUUUCUCUAAUAGCCUUAAUGUGUUUGUCACUGGCAGAAUGUGUAAACAAAAUUAACUGCAUUGACUUCCUCAGUAAUACACUUGAGCACAUGUGCUUUCGGCUGUGUAUACUUUUAGGAUCUGUUGAUGAGGCCAAUUUGUUUUUUUUUUAUAUUUCUGUAUUAGAAGUUCUUACCACAGUGCGUCAGUUUCUUUGGACCAUUGUUAUUCAAUAAAAUAUGGCUGGCUAAUCCCAAAUGUAGAAGAACCUGUCCAUCCAUUCAUCCACUCAUCCAUUCAUCCAUUAUCAGAGAGCUGCCUAUUCCUAGUAAGGGUUGGAGCAGCUUCUCUAGUCUAUUCAACCUGCACAUCCUAGAAACAAGACUGCACCCUGACAGGACCUGCCUGUCUGUCAAGGGCAUGGGCAUAGGUACAGGGAGAUAGUCUUGAGAGUCCCAAUACAAUUACUUAUGAGUCGCAUACUGGUAAGGAUUAGAAACACCUGCAAGUAAUUGAGAAAUCAGACAAUUAAUCUGUUUAACAGAGAGAACUCUGGGACCCUUCAAGAGCACAUAGAUUAUAGUUCUCAAUGACCUCUAAUGAAUUCUAAAAAAUCACAUGUUUGAUCACAAAUGAAUUGUUCCAUAACUUACAAAUUAGUGACUUAGUGGUAACAUACAGCAGAGGUUCUCAAUGGUCCUUCUGGUUUUGAUCCCAUUCUGAGCUUAAUUACCUAAUUGAAGCCUAAAUUGAAUUUAUGUUGCUAGACUGUGAUAGCUUUUUCUCCUCAGAUGUUUGGGAUUUUACAUUACUUCUGCAAUGAAUGUUUAAGUACUGAUAGCUGUAAAACAGUUCAUAUUAAUCAUAUUGUGUUCUAUGGUGUAAAUGAGAACUUAGGUGGAACAAACUCCAGCAACUGUGUGGUCCACUGGGAGCUGCUUUCCGACAACACCUACUGGAUCUCAAGGAGCAGGGUUGGGCAUCCACAAUGUAGGGUCACUACUUCACAGACAGCAUGACUUUGGAAAGUGGGAGGAGACUUGAGUACCCAGAGAAAGUCCAUAUUAAGACAGAGAGAACAUGCAAACUCCACAUAGUGGACUCCCCAGCCAUGACUCAAUAGCUGUGAGGCAGGAGGUUAAGCACACUGCAAUCCUGGUAGAAACAAAUCUUAGAAAUUCAGUUUAUUCCAAGUCACAUUGUGCACAGAGCGGGGCAAUAUACCAUCUUGGUCAAAUAAAUGUUUUCAGCAGACCCCACACGUAAGAAUGCACGAUUGCAGACAGACAUAAAACAUGGUACAGGAGACACCUUUGCAGACUUUCAGGUCUUGAAUUCAUAAGAAAAACAUACAGAAACCAUAUUUCUUAAUUUGUAACUGACUAAAACAUUUUGUGACACUACACUGAUGUGGUUUAGCAAUUACUUUGAAAAAUGAUGAAUACCCAUGACAUUAAACUGUUCAUGUUAGUUAAACCAUGGAAACUCUGUCCAGUUGUGCUACAACUGAAACUACAAUUCAUCUUCAUUGUUACCUACAGGGGAAUUUGCAAGAACAGGUUUACAGGUGCAGACUAAUCUGUCCUUUCUGAAGCUGCAUUAUGGCUUUCUCUUCUGAAAUGACUUUUUUCCCAAUCAUUAUUUUUCUGCUACCGAAUUUAAAUUGCUAGCACCUGUUGGUGUUGUGAAGGGGUCAUACUGUGGAUUUGUAGUCAACUUUGCUAUACAGGUUAAAUCAUGAAGUUCAAACGGUGAAAGAAGCUCUGCAUUAAUGCAGAAUCAGACAGCAGGGUGGUGCAGGGAUGAGUGUUGCUACCUAGCAGCUCUGGGAUCCCUGGAUUAAUUCCUGGGGUGCUGUCUGUGUGCAGUUUGUAUUUUUGCCCUGUGUUCACAUGGGUUUCC